ACUGAUCCUUUAAACACACAAGAACCGACACGUAACCCACUGUCGAUUCGAUCGGGAGAGUUGCAGCCUUGCAAGUGACUGUUUGCUAUCGUAUCCACUCCUUUAAUUUGUUUUCUUUCAACAUCGAUCUGCUUUACUUUGUCUACUUUCCACAUCUUUGUGCGCAAGGUGAGCCACGCUUCUCCGACGAGGCCGAGGCGCGUGCGCCAAAGAUAAACCCGUGCAUCUCCUCCGAUCCUCGUGGAGACCUGCAGGCGAUCGAUGGAGGGUGCCGCAGCCGGAGAGCCGGCACCGGCGGGCGUGCAUGCCGUGCCCUCCCGCAGGCUGAUCGCCGGCUUCAUCUCGGGCACGCUCAAUGGCCUCUUCGCUCUCGCUGGAGCACUAACCGGAGCAGUCACCGGCGCGCUGGCGGGCAGAGCCUCCGAUAGCGGCGUUCUCCGGGGAGCUAGAUCUGGAGCUAUCACCGGGGCUGUCCUCUCCAUCCUGGUUCUCCAGGCAUCUCGCGCCUACUGGUGCUCAGACCGGCUCGGCGCGUCAUCCAUGUCCAUGACAGAUUUCAUAGAGCAGCUCCUUCAUGCCCGGUUUGAGCAACAGCGGCUUGGAUUUUCAGCACAUACAUCACACCAGUCACAGGUCAGCAUAUCCGGCUUUGGUCAGGAUGAUGUGUAUGAAAUCUUCGGAGACAUUUCGUUGAGAGGGCUUUCGCCCGAGUCCCUGAAGAAAUUACCACACUAUGUGGUAACUGAUCAGGUCCAUAGCACAUUUCAUGAAAACCUGCCUUGCACUAUUUGUCUACAGAGAUGUGCAACAACAGCCACGUUCGUGUCUUCUUUAGAAGCAAUUGCAGUUAGCAAGUUCCAUAGCAAAUUUUGCCUACUACUGAAUGCAAUGUGGUUGGUGUUUACUUUGAUAUGGUAGCUGGCGAGACAGCAAGGAGGUUGCCGAAUUGCUCCCAUGCUUUUCACCAGCCCUGCGUGGACAAAUGGCUCUUUACCCACGGUUCAUGCCCUGUGUGUCGGCAACAUGUGCAGCGUAUAUAGGAAUACAUGCAUUUUUUACAGUCGAGUUCUCUGUCCUAGAAGGAAUAAAUUAUGUAAAGUAUUUGCUCUCAUACAUUGUAGAAAGUGAGAGGAGGGAGAGAGAGAGUAUACACACACCGCGUACUCCAAGCAAGUGGAUUUGUACAUCUGACAUUUUAUCUUACAUUCCGCGGAAAAUGUUGUGUGGAAAGAUUGAUUGUCUGCCAUAGAAUGUAUACAAGACAUUCAAUUUUACAAUGUGCUUCUGUGAUCAGACAUAAGAAAAUGAGCUAUGAUUUUGGUUUUUCAGCAGUGGAAUA